AUGCCUGAGCAUAAUUCUGAUAGAACUAAAAAAGUUCACAUUUUACAAGACCACACUAUUAACGACACGGAGGCUGAAAAGUCUCCACCGCCCCACAAUAUUCCAAUACAAAAAGGCUCAACACACAUUGUUGCAAUUAGAGAAUUUAUCGAGUUUCUUCUCCAUAGUAAGAUAGGAAAAGACUUUGUUAAUUUCCUGAAGGACACCUAUGUCCCAGAUGAAACAAUCUACUCGUCUUUACAACAGCAUCCGUUGACGCCAGGAGGUCUCCUUGGUGAACAGCAUAAUUACAUAACACGUGCUCUCCACUGGUGGGAUGAUGAGUUUUCCGAUUGCAAAGGCGAAUGGGUUCGAACCUUGUGCUGGUUGUCCAUUGAGGAUUUGCAGUGGGCCUUGGGCGAAACAAUGAAGGAAAAACUAUUUGUUCACAAGAUUCCUUUUGACAAUAAUGAUGACAUAGUAGAGUGUAUUCUAGUGGCAAGACAAGGAAGAACGUACAACACCACUGCAUGGAACCCAGAGAACCUAGAGAAAAAAUUAAAGAUAAGAGAAUAA